UAUUAGUCUCUUACGAGUGCUUGCUAUUUCCACCACACAAACAUGCAGAAUCAUUCAUUUUCUGUAUAUAAUCUGUGGUGUUUCUGGGCAUUACUAAUCACACGAAGAAAAAAAGAAGAUGGAUAAGAGAUGGAGUCUUCAAGGUAUGACUGCUCUUGUAACGGGUGGAGCCAGCGGAAUCGGGUAUGCCAUAGUAGAGGAGUUAGCUAGCUUUGGGGCCAAAGUCCAUGUAUGCGACAUAUCUGAAACUUUGCUCAAUCAAAGUUUAAGUGAAUGGGAAAAGAAAGGGUUUCAAGUGAGUGGCUCAGUCUGUGAUGUAACCUCUCGUCCUGAGAGAGAAACUUUGAUACAAAAAGUCUCCUCGCUGUUUGAUGGCAAGCUCAACAUUUUUGUGAACAAUGUGGGAGUGCUUCGCGGAAAGCCAACAAUAGAAUAUGGAGCAGACGAUUUCGCUUUCCAUAUCUCAACAAACUUGGAAUCUGCUUACCAUAUUAGCCAGCUUUCACAUCCUCUCCUAAAGGCUUCAGGCUAUGGGAGCAUUGUCUUCUUGUCCUCUGUUGCAGGGGUUGUAUUCACUAGCGGCGGAUCCAUUUACAGUCUAACCAAAGGAGCUCUAAAUCAGCUAGCUAGAAAUUUGGCAUGUGAAUGGGCAAAAGACAGCAUAAGAGCCAACGCUGUUGCACCUAAUAUCAUCAAGACUCCGCUGGCCCUACCUUAUCUUGAGGACGUCGGGUUCAGGGAAGGCCUGUUCGGUAGAACUCCACUUGGUCGAGCUGGAGAGCCGCAUGAAGUUGCAUCACUAGUGGUCUUCUUGUGUCUUCCUGCAGCUUCUUAUAUUACUGGUCAGACCAUUUGUGUUGAUGGAGGCCUAACGAUUAACGGUUUCUCAUACCAACCACAAGCUUGAGAAUGGUACUACUGUCACGUUUUGUAACUGUACGCUAUGUCAUGUGUAUAAGUGUAUGCACAAAACAAAAACGACUUUACAAAUCCAUUGUGGAGAUUCUACUCUUGCUUCGAUAAUAAAACUCUUAGCCUUGAUAUUUCUAGACA